AUGAAUGAAACUUUGGGUCGCGGCUACGCUAGAAUCGAAGCUAUACGUGCGGCGCGGGGCGAAGCGCUAGCGAUGCCGGAGCCCGGGGCUCCUCCACCGGACCGAUACAACUCUGUAUACUUCACACUAUUCGUAGCAGGCGCGGCAUUUUUAUUGCCAUUUAAUAGCUUCAUCAUGGCUGUAGACUACUUCCAACACCACUACCCUAAAUCCACCAUAAUGUUCGACAUGUCCACUGUCUACAUCGUGUCCGCGUGCGUAGCGGUCAUUACCAACAACCUCUUGCUGGAUCUCUUCACUUAUAACACUCGGAUCACUUUUGGUAUCCUGCUAUCACUGGCAACUAUGCUGUUUGUGGCUGUCUGUAACAUCGGCUGGGACGGUUUCUCAUCGAGUGUAUCAUAUACUAUCAACCUGGUGGCUAUUGGAGUCGUGGCUUUCGGUUGUACGAUACAACAAGCCUCAUACUACGGCUUUACGGGCUGUCUGCCUCCUAGGUACACUCAAGCUGUUAUGGCGGGCGAAAGCGCAGCUGGUUUUUGGGUUUCAUUAGACAGGAUCGUCACGAAGUACAGCUUCAGUCAGCCCAAACGCAGUACAUUUAUGUUCUUCGUGUUUUCUAUACUGAUACUCCUCGGACACUCCAUGCUGCAUCAUGUUAUGAUGCGUCACCCACUGGUACAACAUUAUCUCAGACUGACAAAUGAAUCUCGACAUCGAAGACGAAUCCAACUACAUUUGAAUCCGACAGAGGACGCCACUUUGAUGGAGAGUGAGGUGGGCGAACCCAGCUAUGGAGUGUUGAAGCUUCAGAGUCCAGCACCUUCGUCUGGAGUUGGCGAAGUAGAGAACACGUUCAGUUUCGCGAACCCAGUAUAUUCACCCACUGCAGCGGCACCAAUCCCACUCGCCUCUCCACCAGCGAGUGUGUCUGAAAUGUCCGCUUCACCAUCAACCCUGAGAACCCCAAGACCUUCAUACAAAGUAGAAGACGUUGUGUUUGAAUCACCAGAACGACCCACCUCGUGGAGAAGCUUCAAACGAGGCGUAUUGGCUCGUUGGGCUGUAGCUCGUGCUAUCUAUCCCUACAUGGUGUCUAUCGGGCUGGUGUAUUUCACGACACUAAGUUUAUACCCCGGCAUUGCUUCAGAAGUACCGUCAUGUCGUCUUGGAUCAUGGAUGCCUAUUGUACUUAUGUCCGCCUUCAACCUUUUCGAUUUUAUUGGAAAAGUAUCUGCUGCUUGGCCGUAUGAAUGGAGUCGCAGUCAGUUAUUGAUGGCUAGCGGUCUACGUUUAUUACUUGUACCGCUUCUUCUACUCUGCGCUGCACCGAGGUACUCACCUCACAUCGUGGGAGAUAUUUAUCCGAUAAUGUUCUCUGUUGUAUUGGGAUUCACAAACGGUUUGUUCGGAUCCGUUCCAAUGAUAAUGGCGCCAUCGAGAGUCGGCAGAGAACAUCGGGAGAUCGCUGGUAAUAUGAUGACGUUAUCUUACAACGGUGGUCUUCUAUCGGGUUCUUUAGUAUCGUAUCUAUUACUGGGUAUGUUAGGUCCCCCAGCUGAGACUUGUAAGGUGUACCCCACCCCCCUCCUCCCCACCAUUCCCCCCGUACCAAUAAACACUAUGAACGCCACUUACGUCCUACCUUUACAUUAA